CCUUGAUGUAUAUGUGGCCCACCUGACAGUUUUGCCAAUGGAGGAAUUCUACAGCAGAUAAACUGGAGCAGGAGGAUGGAAACCAGCCACGAAGAUCACUUCCUCAAGGGCUUAUGGGUGCCAAGUCUUCAGUCCACAAAAUGGAAUCUAUUAAGUGGCUUCCCAAGUCUCCUAAGCUGCAUGGGAGCCACAACUGGAAUUCCCAGGGCUCCCGUUGGGGUUCUUUGAAAGGAAAGGAGAGCACGCAAGGGGGCAGCCUGUACAAGUUCGGCUCAGUCAAGGAAAAGUGGAAGGAAGGGCGAAUCAGUCCUGAACAAGAAGCCGAGGAACUAGAGGAUCCUGAGGAGGAUGAGCCUAUAUCCAAAUUCUCUGGGAGUCUCUUUGAUUCCAGCGAUAACAUCCGGGACCAAAGAAGCGCUAAGGUUGGUCUUCAACAGGAGAAACCAAAAGCAGCAUCAAAGGGGAAAAGCUUUCCUGCAGCCAACAAGAAGCAGCAGGUUCCAGCUGCAGCAACUGCAAACAGCCUCCCAACAGAAGGCAACAGGUUUUCCAAGGAAAACAAAGACCAAGAGACAGCCCAGGCACCCUUGAAGAUAACCAUUACUGUGUGCAGUCAAAUGGGGAGUCUUGGUAUUAGCAUUGCUGGUGGAAAGGGCUCAUCUUCAUGUAAAGAAAAUGAUGAGGGAAUUUUAAUAUCCCAUGUGUCCAAAGAUGGCCCCGUUGAAUUGGAUGGGGUACAAUCUGAAGAGGAAGUAUUAGAGGAUGCUGCUAUUUCUGAACCCAGCACACCUGAUUCUGGUCCUGCAGAGAUACCAUCUAAAAGUGGCCCAUUUCAGACCAUAAACCAUGUUAUAACAAUACCUCGCAUCAUCCUUACACGCCCUUCGACUUCAGAUGAAGAUACGGACCAGUUACCACAAGAUCCUGAUGAUUUUGAGCCAGAGGAAACAGAGAAUACUGAAGGCCUCCUCUAUUCAGACUGUUUAAACAAUGCUUUUUACCCUCCUUAA